AUGCGACUGCGCCACGCGUGUGUGACUUUAACCAUUGCUUUCUUCGUCUUGUUUUUGCCGCUCCUUUUUGGCGGGCGCACAUCUUCGCUUCGUUGCCCCGCGCCAACUCCCCAACCGUCUUUGGUGCAUGUUUGUGUAUGUGUGUUUUUGUGCGUUGCUGCGGUGUGUGUUGCUCCCGCCUUUCGCACAGCUAUCGCUGGCCUCCCCUUCCACGACGCGCUCUCUCUCACAGCGUAG